ACACUUUUAUUUUAUUUUGCAGCUGCAAAAGUAAAUGAAUUUCAUUUCAUAAAUUGUGCAGAACUAAAUAAAAUUAUUUAACAAAAUGGAACAAACCAAGAAAAAUAAAAAAGAAGCCAAAGAUGAAAAACUUAAAGAUCAAAAGCUGGAAGAACAGGUAUUGAAAUCACUGGAGGAGGCUAAGACACCAGAGGAUAAAUUUCAACUUUUGCUUAGCAAGUAUAUAGAAAGUGAACGCACAAAUAGACGUUCCAAGCAGGAUCUAAAGCUCCAUGAAAAACAGCUGGAGACCAUAAUGCGUGAAAAGGAAAAUCUACAAAGGGAAUACAAUAAAAAUGUUUUAAUGAGAGACAAACUGGAAGAAGUUUGCCGGGAACAACAGAAACUUAUAAAAUCGGUUAAAAAUGAGAGUAUGCAAAAGAUACGCGAAGAAGAGGAAAGACGCAAAGAAAGCCAGUCCAGAUUCCAAUCAUCCUUGAAUGAAAUCAACCAGUCUUUGAGUAAAAAUAAUGAUGAAAAUAAUAAAUUACGUGAUCAUAAUAUUGAAAUGACCAAAAAACUCAAAUUCUUGGCUGAACAAUAUCACGCACGUGAGCAACAAUUGGAAAAGCUCAAUGAACAAGUGCAACUAGAAUCGCAGCUGCAUCAAGCCAAAUUAAGCAAAGUCCAAGUGGAGUCAGCCAUGGAAAAGGAAAUUCUUAUCAAGGAAAAACAAAUCGCCUUGGAAAAACUGCUGAACACUCAAAAAAUGCUUAAAGAAAUCACCGAGCGUGAGAAAGAACUGAAGGAACAAUUGAACAUCUACACUGCCAAAUACGAUGACUUCCAGAAUUCGCUGCAAAAAUCCAAUAACAUCUUCGCCACCUACAAAGUGGAACUGGAGAAAAUGUCCAAAAACACCCGCAAACUCGAAAAGGAGGCCAUGGAAUGGAAACGCAAAUGGGAGAAGAGUAAUGCCACACUCAUUGAAUUGGCCACCGAGAAAAAGGAUCGUGACGAUCAUGCCAUACGCUGUAACAAACAAGUAGAUCAAUUGCAAAAACUAUUGAGAGCUCUGCAAAACGAACGCAGUCAUUUGUAUAAGGUGAUCAAAGAAAACAAUGUAGAAGUGCCCCCCUUGCCAGCUCUGCCCACCGAGCCAGAGCCCAUGCAGACCGGUCCCAUUAAUAGUGUGGCCGAUAAGGAUAAAAUGGACAUGAUGUCCAAGAAUUGUGCCGAACUCAAGCAGACAUUGGCUAAUUUACAAAGUCAAAUGAAAAUUUUAAAUCUGAAGGGAGCCGAAGCCGAACAGCAAUGUAAACAAUUGCAGGCCCAAGAAGAGUCAAUUAAAAAGAAGAAAAAUAAAAAAUCCAAAUCGAAAAAGAAUAAUGCCAACAACAACAACAACAAAGAAUCUUCCCCAGCCAUCUCAGAAGAUGCCACCAGUGUUAAGGGUGAAGAGCAGGAAACAGAAAAGGUAGUUGAAAAUGGUAAUCAAGUUGUGUUAGAAACAGAAACAACAGAGCAACCAGAAUCCCUUCCAGUGUGCGAACAACCCCAGACUGUUGCUGAAACUACAGAGCCAAUUACAGAAGUAGUAGCUACAAAUUAAAGACUUUUUUCUCUCUUUUUUUUAAUAAACAAAACACAAAUUUUUUUCUUCUUAAGGAUUUUGUUUAAUUAUAAAUUUUACAUUUAAGAUUUAUAUGACAAAAUCCUUAAAAUGGGACUGCUCCAUUUUUAUAUUAUGGAUUUAUAUAGUUAACAGUUCAAUUUAAAUAAUUACAAAAAAAAAAAGAAACGAAUAUAAUUAAAAUUAAAAUAAACCCAUCCGAUUUUUUCUAUACAUUACAAUGUUUAUUAGGCUUUUAAUUAUUAAAAGCCUUUAAUAUUAUCAUUAUAAAAGAAGUAAAUAAUAAUAAUAAAUAAUUAAUCUCAUUAAAAGUUCA